AUGAGGCUAUCACUCAGCCCAUAAAUAGAUUCAGUUUCGCCUCAACAAGCACCCACAGAACAUCAUGAGGGCUGCUCUUCUCCUUACCUUUGCCCUUGUGAACACGGCUUUGGCCCUCCCAUCUCAUGAAUUCACCCGUUGGGGAGCCAAGCAAGGAGAGUCCUGUGUGGGCCGAUGUGAAGAGGGCAAUGUAAUUGGCGCUCCUUGUGAGUGUAACGCCUCUUGCACCCAAUUUGGAGAUUGCUGUGCCGAUUACUCCGAUGUUUGUCUGUCCUGCAAGGAUCGUUGUGGCAUCAGCUACUUCCCCAAAAACGAAUGUCAGUGCAACACAGAAUGCCCUGAGCACGGAAAUUGUUGCGACGAUUUCAAUGAAUUGUGUGGAAGUGGAGAUUUCACCACAAACCCCAGCACUGGCGGAGGAGAUUUGAGUAACCAAGAGUUGAAGGAUCUUUCCGAGAGGCUCAUCAAGUUGGCUGCCAACUCUGGUCUGGCCGGGAAAGUGGUAAUUGAUUACCAGGGAUCCACCAGUGAAUGCAGCACCAGUGAUCAAGCUCCUAACCCAUUGUUUACGACCUUUGAUGAGUCCAUUUGGGAAUAUCCUACCAUUGCUCCCUUGAAGAAGAUGUACGACAACUACAUUCCUGCCGUGACUGGCGCCGAAGACAACACUCCCGAGGAGCAAGCUGAGGAGAAUGAGUUCUUGGACCGAGUGAUGGAAUCUGAAAUCAUGAUCGAGACCUUCAAUACUUUGGUCACUGCUGGUGUUUUCACGGGAACUGCAGAGGAGUUCAGAGCCAAAUUGUACACGCUUUGGUUGGAAGGAUAUGACCGUGAUGGUACAUCUGCAACCGUGGUUGGAUCCAGUGGAUUUGAGCACGUUUUUAUGGGCGAAUUGAAGGGAGGCAAGGUUUCCGGAUUUCACAACUGGCUCAAGUUCUUCUUUGAGGAGCAAAGUGGCAACAUUGACUACUUGGGUUACCUGACACAAUCUGCUUUUGGAUCUGACGGCCAAGGUAUCACCAACGUGUUCAAAUGGAACGGUGACAUGAAGUGCAUUGGCUCCAUGUUCGUUGGAACUCCUCCAGAGUUGGAUCUGGCUAUGUACACCGUGUGCUUCUUGACCCGAGGAGGUGGCAAAUGUACUUUGAGCUACAAUGAUCAAGAAUUCUACAUCACCACUUAUGACUUGCAACAGAACGGAAAGAUUCAUAUUGGAACCGCUUAUCCCGACUUCACGUAAAUCUAGGAUAUGUUAAGAAUCUUGAGUGAUCGUUGCAAAGAAUUGUUCUAAAAGGGUUAUUAAACACUCUACUUAAGUUCA